CUAUUCUUACACUAGUGUUAGUAAUGAUCCUUCUCACUUUUCCUACACCGAACGAGAUAACUAUUCAUGUGGGUUAUAUGUAGGUCAGCAUGGCUCCUCACAAGGUAUGCGUGGUAGGAGCGGGUGUUAGCGGACUCUCCACCGCGGUCAGUAUACAACGGGAGCUAUCUUCAAACGUCCUGGUUACCAUAGUUGCGGAUAGGUUUAGCCCGGACACAACAUCGGACGGAUCUGGUGGUUUCUGGGGUCCACAUCUUGUAAACCCAGAACAAGCAAAGGACAUCAAUAAAUGGGGAAACGAGACAUUUGACUACAUUUUUGACCUGUUCCGUUCACAACAUGGCGCAGAAGUUGGGGCUCAGCUUAUUUCAGGAUACUGCUUUGGUGACGAAGAUUCGCCGUUUGUUGAUAAAUGCUUUGGCGUCCGAAGGCUGACAGAGAAGGAAUCAGCUAUACAUCCAGACAAUCGGACAGGACAAACACUGACAACGAUGAUGAUUGACGUCAAAGCCUACCUCCCGUGGCUGAUGAAAAGAUUUCAGGCAAACGGUGGCAUUAUACAGAAACGAAAGAUAUCGUCGUUGGAUGAGCUCACCUCUCACUACGAUGUAGUGGUCAACUGCACUGGACUAGAAUCAUAUCACCUGAUCGGUGACCACGACCUCCGGCCAGUCAGGGGUCAAGUAUUCAGGGUGCAUGCUCCCUGGAUAAAACAUUUUUACAUCGAUAUUGACCCUUCUAAUCCGGACAACGAGAUUUACGUACUUCCAGGAGCGCGUGAUGUGGUGUUAGGCGGUACUAGCCAAGUGGGAGACUGGAACACACAAGUAAACGGUGCUGACCGUGAUAGUAUUUGGAACGGUUGCUGUAAACUUCUACCGAGCUUAAAGAAUGCAAAGAUACUUGAUGAGUGGGUUGGUUUGCGUCCACAGAGAACAAAAAUAAGAGUGGAGCUUGAGAGGAGACAGAUUAGCAAAGAGAGAAUGUCCGUGAUUGUCCACAACUACGGACACGGUGGAUCAGGUGUCACGCUCCACUGGGGGUGUGCACAAGAGGCCACACGGUUGGUGACGCAUGCGCUACAACAUCUUGUGCCAAAAUCAAGUUUGUAACACAGUGUUCUAUCUGAGAAUAGCAUACCCCGGUCAGUUGGUAUUGUGAAUGAAAAGAUGAAGUACCUUUACUUUUCAGAAUUGGAGAGAAAAUAAACAUUGGAAUAUUAGACAUUAUAUUGUACAUACAAUGAUUUUGACGUGAUUUGAGUUCAUUUUGUCGUGGUGUCAGACUGUGAAAUAUAACGGUACGACUGAAAAAAAGUUAUAUAUAUAUAUAACAAUUUAGUUAACAAGGCCUGUAAUAGAGGUUUUCUAUUACACAAAACGAUAAAAUAUAUGUUGUCAUAUGCAUGAUCUCAUAACUACAAAAGAAAAUGGAAUUCAAACAAUUUAUCUUCCAAAUAGAACAUAAAUAUAGGAUUUCAAUAAUACAAUUAUAACACCAGGGCCCGUAUUCAUGAUCCGUUCUCAUGCUCAAACUCCGAUCCUGUACUCAAGCCCCAUUUAAUAUUCAGAUGAUAAACUUAUAAAGAAUUCACCUUUUGACAAUGAGUUGGAAGAGAUUUACUGAGACUUGCAGUCAAAUACCAUUUUCAGUAUUUACAACUUAUAUGGAGUUACAAGAAAGUUGGUUUGAGCCUGAGCAUGAGAACGGUGUCAUGAGUACGGGCCCUGAGGUAUUUAAUUGAUGUAUAUCAGUACAUCUCAAACAUAUAGCAAGACCGGUUGCAGUUCACGUAUGAACUUCAAUACAUGUAACAAAAUUGACAAAGUUUUGAAAAAAUCUAAUUCAAGUAAACCGUAUUAGAUACAGCGGAGACAUUUUCGUUGAUCGCAUAGGUGAAAAAUAGUGUAAUAUUUAAUGAGACAAAAUGUAAUUGAUGAAAGUUAACCCAGUUUUAAAACAAAAUAUGUUUCUUCAAAAUAUUAAUAAUUUAUCAAAUUGUGUGCUUUUUAGUAGAGUGAUGUACCAUUACUUGUACAAUAUUUAAAUAUCUUUCAUGCAACUGAAUCUAUUAAGUGUAAAGAAAAUAAUAACGGAUUAUAUUUCCCUGCAACUAGCACUUACGGUUCUUGUCAUCAGAAAGUUAAAUACACUCAGAAUAAAAUAAGAUAAAUAUCAUUAAUAAAGAAACCUGUCAAAGGAUAACGUGAAACUGCUCUUAACAAAAUAACCGAUUGACUGUCAUACUAUAUGGCUAUUUUUGUCAGUGGACUUGAGAAAAUUAAAAGAGGUUCAGAUCUGUUUAAGUCAACAUAUCAUCAGACAAAGAUGCAAUUUUUUUUAAAUAGACUGAUGGCUAGUCAAACCAAAGACUACUGAAACCAGUUAAAGGGAAAAUGUAUA